AUGUCUGAUUCUAUGGCAAAAAUUAAUUUUGUAUGUAGAUUUGGCGUAUGUUGUUUUCUACUGUACUCGUAUGUUAAGUCGGAAACAGCUAACAAGCAAGACAGUCCUAGCGACUCGAAUAUUCGUGAACAAAAAAUUACACCUUGGGAAGUGGAAGGUGCUAUUAUCGAUGGCCAAGUUCAAGCAAUUGAUUAUAAUAAGCUAAUAGAAAAAUUUGGAACAGAGCUCAUUAACAACGCACUUUUACAAAGGUUCCAAAAGUUAACCGGAAAAGAGCCUCACAUACUCUUAAGAAGAGGAAUUUUCUUCUCACAUAGAGAAUUUUCGGGAAUUUUGGAUCGUUAUGAGCAGAGAAAACCUUUUUUCAUUUAUACAGGACGCGGUCCGAGUAGUUCGAGUAUGCAUCUCGGUCAUAUGGUUCCAUGGUUGCAAGAAGUUUUCAAUGUACCAAUUGUCAUUCAGUUAACCGAUGACGAAAAAUUUAUUUUCAAAUCCGAAUUAAAAUUGGAAAAUGCGCGUCAGUUCGCCUAUGAAAAUGCCAAAGACAUUAUUGCAUGUGGUUUUGAUAUAGACAAGACAUUUAUUUUCUCAAAUACUGAUUAUGUCGGAGGUCCAUUCUAUCAUAAUGUUGUAAGGAUCGCGAAAUGUAUCACCUAUAAUACGUCAAAGUCUACUUUUGGUUUCAGUGAUAGUUUUCCGCAAAUAUUUGGAACUCGAAGUGAUAUUCCUUGUGUGAUUCCUUGUGCUAUAGAUCAAGAUCCAUAUUUUCGGUUAACGCGUGAUGUAGCACAUAAGUUGAAAUAUCCUAAACCUAGUCUUCUUCAUGCUAAAUUCUUUCCGUCGCUCCAAGGUUCUCAAACAAAAAUGAGCGCCUCUGUGGAUAAUUCUGCAAUUUUUAUGUCGGAUACGCCCAAUCAAAUCAAAAAAAAGAUUAAUAAGUAUGCAUUUUCAGGUGGUUGUGUUUCUGCUGAACUUCAUCGGGAGUGUGGAGGUAACCCAGACGUUGACGUUUCGUAUCAGUAUUUAUCAGUAUUUUUGGACGAUGAUGAAGAAUUGGCUUUAAUUUAUGAGAAAUAUAAAUCCGGGGAAAUGUUGACUGGUGAACUUAAAGCGCGUUGCAUUGAAGUAUUACAGAACUUCGUUGGUGAUUUUCAAAAGAAAAAAUCACAAAUAACGGAUGAACUCUUGCGGAAGUUUAUGGACCCUCACAGAAAAAUCGAAGGAAUCUGA